ACGCGGGCGGCCGCCCCUCCCCCUCAGCCAUCUUAAACGGCUGCCGGGGCCGGCGUGGCGGACCGAGACCAGAGCUGCCGGGACUCUGCUGAAAUUGCCUUCCUGUCGAGCAGCCUUCCACAUAGUCACUGAAAAGACAUUACCUCUUUGCCUUUUUAAAAGUUCUCUGUACAUGCUUGUCUGAGGUACAAUAAAACUUUGAAAGGAAAUUUGAUUGAAUCGACAUUGAAGAAGAUUCAGUCAUAACUUCUAGAUAGUGUGUCUACUGUUGGCUUGCAAAGGUUACUAAUAUUUUAGCUGUUGCCCUAAAUCUGAUCUACCUUAGCUUCAUUCAUUGUUGCUUCUUUGACUACACUGCCACUGUUGCUGCUUUCACUGUUGCCUUCUUCAGAGUAGUCCUCAGCACAAAGGAUAAGAGACUUUUUUUUUUUUCUUUUAAAUAUCCACUAUGAAACUUAGGCUAGAAGUACGUGGCUUUUUUUUACUCCCUGUGUACUUGUUAAUAUCUGUAUACAGUGCUCUUGUAUUUAUUCCGUGGUAUUUUCUUACCAAUGCUAAGAAGAAAAAGGCUAUGGCUAAACGCUUAAAAGCCAAACCCACCUCAGACAAGCCUGGAAGUCCCUACCGUUCCGUUACUCAUCUCGAGUCGCUAGCAACCAUAGACUUUCCUGGAGCAGAUACUUUGGACAAGUUAUUUGAGCAUGCUAUAACCAAGUAUGGGAAAAAGGACUGCCUUGGGACCAGAGAAAUACUGAGUGAGGAGAAUGAAAUGCAACCGAAUGGAAAAGUAUUUAAAAAGUUAAUUCUAGGAAACUACCAAUGGUUAAACUAUGAAGAAGUGCACCAAAGAGUGAAGCACUUUGGGAGUGGGCUUGCAGCCCUUGGGCUAAAGCCAAAGAGUACCAUUGCCGUAUUCUGCGAGACCCGAGCAGAGUGGAUGAUCGCAGCACAGAGCUGCUUCCAACACGGCUUUCCUCUUGUUACUUUAUAUGCCACUCUUGGUGAAGAGGCAGUAACCUACGGUCUCAAUGAAUGUGAAACAUCAUAUCUGAUCACUAGCGCAGAACUUCUGGAGAGUAAACUUAAGACUGCAUUGUCAGAAAUCCCACGUCUCAAACACAUCAUUUAUGUGGAUAAGAAGACUAUCAGUAAAUCGGAAUACCCUGAAGGCCUGGAGAUUCAUAGUAUGGAAACAGUAGAAGAGCUGGGAGCCAAACCAGAAAACAUAGGCAUCCCUAUAACCAGACCCAUUCCAACAGACCUGGCUUUAGUAAUGUAUACUAGCGGUUCCACUGGGCUACCUAAAGGAGUGAUGAUGAUGCAUAAGAACUUGAUAGCUGGAAUGACAGGCCAGUGUGAGCGAAUACCUGGACUGGGAUCUAAGGACACUUACAUUGGGUACUUGCCUCUGGCUCAUGUAUUAGAAUUGACAGCAGAACUUUCCUGUGUUGCAUAUGGCUGCAGGAUUGGAUACUCCUCUCCACUCACACUCUCAGACCAGUCAAGUAAAAUUAAGAAGGGAAGCAAAGGAGACUGUACUGUACUGAAGCCCACGUUGAUGGCUGCAGUGCCUGAAAUAAUGGACCGAAUUUAUAAGAAUGUCAUGAGCAAAGUCCAAGAGAUGAACUGUUUUCAGAAAACUUUGUUUAAAAUAGGCUAUGAUUAUAAACAGGAACAGAUCAAGAGGGGCUAUGAUGCACCUCUGUGUAAUCUACUGUUGUUUAAAAAGGUAAAAGCCCUGCUGGGAGGGAAUGUGCGUAUGAUGCUUUCUGGAGGAGCACCCCUUUCGCCUCAGACACAAAGGUUCAUGAACAUCUGUUUCUGCUGUCCUGUUGGCCAGGGGUAUGGAUUAACAGAAACAUGUGGAGCUGGAACCAUUACUGAAGUUGCUGACUAUAGCACUGGCAGAGUUGGAGCUCCUCUCAUUUGCUGUGAGAUUAAAUUGAGAGAUUGGCAAGAAGGAGGCUACACUUUCAGAGACAAGCCUAAUCCUAGAGGAGAGAUUAUAAUAGGUGGACCCAAUGUUUCUCUGGGAUACUUCAAAAAUGAUGAGAAGACAACAGAAGAUUUCUCUGUGGAUGAAAAUGGCCAGAGAUGGUUUUGUACUGGAGAUAUUGGAGAAUUUCAUUCUGAUGGUUGCCUGCAGAUCAUAGAUCGUAAAAAAGACUUGGUGAAGCUGCAAGCAGGAGAAUAUGUAUCUCUGGCCAAAGUAGAAGCAGCACUGAAGAACUGUCCACUUAUUGAUAAUAUUUGUGCUUAUGCCAAAAGCGACCAGUCUUACGUGAUCAGUUUUGUGGUGCCUAACCAGAAAAAGCUGACAGCAUUGGCUGCACAGAAAAGUGUCAGUGGGUCAUGGAUUGAUAUCUGUAACAACCCUAUCAUGGAAGCUGAAAUACUGAAAGAAAUAAAAGAAGUUGCAAACAAGAUGAAACUGGAGAGGUUUGAAAUACCAAUCAAGGUACGAUUAAGCCCUGAACCAUGGACCCCAGAGACUGGUCUAGUGACUGAUGCUUUCAAACUGAAAAGGAAAGAAUUGAAGAACCAUUACCUCAACGAUAUCGAACGAAUGUAUGGAGGCAAAUAGGCUUCUCAGCUAUAUUGACUAAAAAACUGUGCAGAAGGUUUCUUCUCAUAUCCUCCACAACCAAACUUAAGCCUCAGAAGUUUGGACCUCCUUAUCUACUGUAGACACCACGUGCAGGUUAAGACAGUACGUGAAAUUGUCAGACUUCCAUAACCUUUGAAGCCAAGAGCUGAAGGGAAAAUGCUUUUUUUUUUUUUUUUUUUAAUGAAUCAGACCUAGCUGCUAGCAGAAAACAGACACUUAAAUUCUAUAAUUAUCAUCUCCAGCUUUGAGUUAGAUAGGAUUGUAUGAAACAGUGUGACUAGAGCACUAGGUUUUUUUUUCCUGAUGUUUCUGUAGCACAUUCCAAGUUUUGUUUUGUUUUUUUUACAUCAGCUGUUCUCUCCCAAAUUUUCCCUUAAUAUCCGAAGAGUUAAAAUGUUGAUUUAACUCAUCUGUGGUGAGAUCCAUGGAAGAGCAAGGUACUUGGUGAGGAAGACUACAUUUUAAUAUUUGCACUGUUUAAUGAAAUAGGGUGAAGAUAAACUGGGAGAAACUAAACACCAAUCUUUGCAGCUUUCAGUGUUGGUCUAAUACCUGGUAUCUUGGGUCCUUUUUGUUAUAAAAAGAUGCCUGUCAAACUUCAUAUUUUCCAACAUUACCUAAAAGACAUGAAGGAUGCCUAUAUAUGUACAGAGAGGCUGCUCAGAUGCGCUGUAACACGUUGGAGCAGACUUGAUUUAAUUGAGUCUACUGGAGCAUGGUAAUUACCACACUCCAGCAUCAGUGUCCCCGCCACCAUUUUUCAGCACGGGGACACUGAUACAUGUGAUGCUUGGGGCACUUUAAUUAGAGCAGCUCUUGGAGCCACUUUAAAGCACCCUGCCUCCCAGAGCGUGUCUAUAAAUGCCCAAAGACCCUUUAUCAUUAAUCCCUUCAUGGCUAAGGGGAAUAAGCUGGAGAAUAUAGCAAAGCAUUUGGGCCCAAUUCUGGAGACUACCAUUGUGUAGCCCCUUGUAUAUUUGGAAUCUGAGAGUCAAAGGUAAUUCAAUUUACAACACCCCUCCCUCCCUCCCUCCCUGCCCCACUACAUCCUGCCAUGAACACAGCUCAGCAAGAUCCAAAAAUUGGAACUACAGAUGAUUAGCUAAAUGUUCAUUACAAACCAUGGAAUUUUUGUGCUGCAGAAUUAUUAUUAUAGGGCACUAAAACUGCAUUGCUGAUGGAUGGAAUCUUCUGCACAUUAGUUAAUAUCUUGAAUAUUUACAGUGCCUAAAAGGGAGCAUAAAUUACACUUACUUACUGAAUUAGUAAAGGUGAACUGAAAGGCUCUUAAAAAUAGUUAAUUGUAACUUCAUUCUUCAGGUGUUCUGUGAAUGACUGACUGAUUUAACUCUUUGAUAUACAUUUUAAAAGGUUUUUUCUUUUUUUAUUUAACUUUCCAAGAUGUUCCUAUUCCUACAGCACUUUCAGCUUUAACACAAAGAUUUAUGUAAAAUUAAAGCUUCCUUCCACUGGAAAAGCUGCUGAUACUAGUAAGGUCACAAACUAGAUACAGAGCCAGGAUCUUAGCAGGCAGGCGAUGGCUGAACCAGACAGCUGACUCUAAACUAACAUUCUUGCUGUGGGAUCGUUAGACUCUAAUCCUCUCAACUUUUACAUACACAUGUAACUUUACCUUGUAGCACUAUUCAUGUGAGCAAAAUGUGUAAGCUGACAGGAUCAGGGUCUAAACUAGCAUUUUGUAUUACCUGUUUAUAAAGGGAUUUCUGUUCACCUUUUAGAUGUCAGUCAAAACAAGCUGCAGUUGGAAGCCAAGUUUCCUGUUGUCUUGUUUUACCUGUGGAGGAUGAUCUAGGUGUCCAGUUAAGGAACUUGGUGUGCUGUGGGUUAUAUUAAAACAAGGGGACAAAUCACUUCAGCCAGAACUUUGUUUGGGGGUUUUUUUGAAAAUCCUGUUUUAAUAACUGGAAGUUGUAGAUGUGCUAAGAUGGGAGGGAGGGAUACGAUUUAAUAAUGGUUUGCCAUUUUGUGUGCAACAACCAUUAUUAUGUCGCUUCAGAACAGUUUUGUGUGUUGGUUUUUGGGUUUUUUUUAAACUCUGGGCUCGUGCGUCCUUGCUCGUUGUUCAGACUUAAACCAUAAAUACUGUAAAAAGUGGAAACUCUUGAUACUGUUCUGUUUUUGCACUUUUUCUUAAUCAUUUAUAUAUGUCGCUUACAUUUUGUACAGAUGUGACCCUCAACUGCGAUUAUAACUUGAAGUAUUUAUAAGUUUCUUCUAUUCAUAAUAUUUUUAAGUGUUGUGUAUAUGAUGGUUAAAAGGACAAUUAUCUGGUAAUGCUACCUGAGUGAAGGGUUUUGUAAGAAAUUUCUCUUCAGUAUGUAGUGGUUUAAAAGAGCUGGGCAAGCUUUUUCCUUAUUCAAGGUGUAUGCAGAUCUUUUUUCUCAACUAACUUUCAAAGUGGGGGGGGGGGGAACCCACAGGUUACUAGGCGGUCCCUUCCUCUGGGGACCAGUUCCCAUAUUUACUCGAAUACCACGUGCACAUUUUCCCCCCCAGAAAACAGCCCUCCAAAAUUGGGGUGUCUUAAGGGGCAGGGAGGGGAGAAGCUGAUUUUUUUUUUUUCUCCCUUUAUUGGAAUAGAAACAUGGACAAAUGGAAGCAGGGAGACACUGCUGCAAGAUAGCUGCCCUGCUUCUUCCUCUACUGGCCGCAAGGAAAGAGGGGUAGAGUUCACCCUUCAGGGUCAGCUAGCGCGUUAACCCUUUCACAGCCACGGCUGCCGGAGUCAGGAUCCGCUGCAGUCCAUGUUUUAGCCAGGGCUGAAAAAAAUACAUUUUCUUCAUAAUAAGAUGGGUGUCUCAUUUGGGGGGCAGGUGCUAUGCGAGAAAAUACGGUACCUUAAACUUUCAAGGGAUACUUUUGAUAACCUUGAUCGCUUUCACAUGCAUGACUCCUCUAGCCAACCCAGAACACUGCCAACUGAUCUUGCAAAAAACCCUUUGAGGGAAAAGCAAAUCAAUUCUCUUGAAGCUGGCUGCUGCUAGUUGUGCAUGAAAUUCCAACAAUCAAAGGGACCAGGAAAAACCCACCUUCUUUUAUUAACUAACCACAUACACUGGUUUAUAAAUACAGGAAAUGCUUCCCAUGUCAGUAAUAGCUUUUCAGAUUAUUCGGUCUUGGAGCUGUUCAGUCUAUUCUGUGUUUUUUAAAAAAUUACCUAUGUCAAGUAAUAGCUUUUCAGACCACUGCUACCACUGCAAGGAAACUGUCAUUAAACAAAUGAAAGAAAAAGCUAGUUAUUUGCACUGAAAUCUGUCAGUAGAUCUUCAGAUUUUAUUUUCCCCCUUCCACAGGAAAUGUACUUACUGGCUUCUACUCUUUUUACCUCUGUUGUACUUUGCUGGUUCUCUUGUUGACUGGGGGAUUGAUAUUUGCACUGUAUACGAGUUAAAAUAAUCUUUCAGAGAUGGAAUACAAGUAAACUGCUUCAAGAA